CUUCGGGGUAUAUAAACGAUUGACAUUUUAGACAUUUAAUUGAUUCAGUUAUCGUUGGUGACAGUGAGAACAUCUUUAUAAGUUAUCAAUCUUUUUAUUUAUUGUGUCUACCUGUAGAGUUGAGCAUCAGACGAAGUAGCAAAGAUGAACGGUAUCGCUUUAGCCAUCACUUUAACAAUCGCUUGUACCGUAUCAGUCUCAGCUGAUACGAGCUACACGCCUCCUCCAGCCAACGGAGGCCCAUACCCAACAGCCAAGACGACAACCACGACCCCAUCUUCUGCACCUUACCCUCCCAGCGGCUGGAAACCAACCGGAAGGAAAUUCGAACUACCAGCCCGUCCAAGAGCUACCUAUUUACCACCAACGACCACCAUUGCCGAUACCGAAAGUGCAACCACAGCCGAAGGAGCUACAGCUAAACCAGAGGCAUUGGAGGCAGAAACCCUAAACGGUUUCGGAUCCGAACAACAGCCAAUUCCAGACAACGGCCUCUACUACGUCUUACUUCCGGAUGGCAGAUUACAAAAAGUUAGCUACACCACGAUGCCCAUAACCGAAACAGUCGAGAAGCUCAGACAAGUUGGAAAUAUCGCUGUAUCCGAAGUUGAAAAGAAAUCCAAUGGUUAUGUGGCCAAUGUUAAGUACCAAGACGUUGAACCAAUCAACGGACCUAUUUACGCUUACCAAAACGCUCCGCUGGUUAGAAUUUACAAAUAACAAACAACUCUCGGGUCUCAUUCUCAAUUACCUGUCUGGUAGAUGUACCUCUACCUAUAUAUUUGUAUAAGUACGAGUAUAAGCUGGCUGUACAUAUAUAGUCUUUCUCUUUCUUCUAAUUUCUUAAGUAUUUAUUAAACGAACGUUUUGCAAUUU